AUGGCCAGUGCAUAUGGUCAGCAAACAGCAGCGAGUCUCGCUAUCGCCACAGCCGCCGCAGCCACCUCCAAUACCAAUGCCAUUGUUACAGUCGCCGGUACAUCCGUUGCAGAUAUGACAUCGGUCGAUAAUGGUGCAUCAACCACAACCACGACGCCUACCCCACCGCCGCCAGCGUUGCUACAUCAUACGCAUCCGCAUCAUUUAACACACGCAUCACACACACACCUUCAACGUGCGCAUCAUCAUCACCAGCAGCAGCAACAACAAGAUGAAUUAGAACUUGCCUCGACGCCUACAUCAGCGAGUGCUACGGGUCUAACACUGGCGCAACAAGCGGAGCUUAAUUUACAAAAUGGCACUGCUAAUUUGCAUGGUCUGGUGAUGGAAGCUGGCGGCGGCAGCAGUAGCAAUGUUGGCAACGGUGGUGUCAAUCUGCUACAUAGCUACGUGAAUGGUUUGAAUGGCGGACGUCCCAGUCCGACGGCCUCAGGUUCUUCCGGCGGAGGUAGCCGCUCUUCAGCGCACUCACUGCCCUUGCCCGCGCACUCGCCCGCUCUGCAGCAACACAUGAACGGUGGUGCUGGCAGCUACCUACAAUCGGUCAGUUGCUCUCCCGCGCUCACUGCGACAGCCACCACAGUCGUAUCCUCUGCCAUUAUGGGGCGCCUAGGUGGCGGCGGUAUCGGUGGCAUCGGAAAUCAUAAUGGCGCUUUUAACGACGUGAGCAGCAGUAGUAGCGGCAGCGAUGGUUUGGGCAUUGGCGGUCCUUUGGCGCUCUUACAUCAUCAUCAUCAGCAUCAUCACCAUCUGGCGCCGCCGCAUCACCAUCACAAUCUGCACCAUCAUAACAUAACGGCGCAUCAGCAUCAUCAUCCGCACGACGCAUCCGCUGGACUGUUGGAUAUAUCCACACUGUAA